AUGGCAACACCUUGGUUCUCCAUCUACGGAAUUCCAGUCCUCCCACCUUAUCAAGAGACACCGUUGCUCUAUAACUUCCAGGACAAGGCUCUGGAGCAGGUUGUGUACUCAUUGUCGCAGGUGCAGUGGUUGGGCGUCAACGAUGCCUCCGGAUCAGAGAGGAAAGACAAUGAGGUGCUGAGAUGGCUGGGAGCCAGCGUGUUGAAAGGGUUGACGGGCAUGCUAGUGAUGAGCUUAUUUCCUGAACUGGGCGCUGGUGGUUUAGAGGACAUGACUGCAGCCCUAACUACCACAUCGUUCUACGCACACCUAUCAAGAGUCCUCAGCCUCCACAGUCGUCUCACAGCUUUAAAUUACACCUCUGAUUCCGACGGGAUCCUUGGCAAACUCUUCACAGCCUAUAUCGGUGGGAUCCAUCGUGAACUCGGGACCCAGCGGUAUCACGACCUCUACAUCUGGUACUCGCAGGUCGUUGCCCCAUAUGCGGAGAAAUACCAUGCCCUCUACCAGGAGCACAUCUCCUCGACCAGUACUUCCAACGCCCUCAUCACGCUUAAAAAGCCCACAUUCACCGUCAAUACCCCAGGCCUUCUUGGCACGGCCGUGGCCACCCCAACAUCCACUGAACCGCCAAAGCCUUCGUCCAUUGAGGCAAAACUGAGACGUCAGAAUAUCAGCAUGUACACUUCGCGGUUGAUGGAAUUUGCGGCUAAGAGCAGGUUGUCGCAGCCGAGUUUUAUGUUCAAGGAUAAUGGAUACCAAGGAAUGAAUAUCCAGUGGACUGUAACUUGUGGUGGUUUCUUGAACAAACGAACGGGUUGUUAUGGCCAUGGGUAUCUCGACGUGGUGGAUUUCGUAUCCUUCGACUACCAGGAUCUUCAUCUAUCUAUUGCUGCUGGAAUGGCUUUUACCCUUAGUCUCGUUCUGGGCGUUCUGGGCGUAAUUGUGCUGAUUUCACUGCAACGAUCCCCUCCCCCCCCUCCUCCUGCUAACCAAGGGCUCGCAAAUGGAGUUACGCGUCUAGUCUCUAAACAUUAA